GAGCAGAGCAGAGCAGAACAGAUGAGGAUGAAAGAGCAAAGGGAGCAGAGAGGCAGAGGCCAUGAGAGAACCCCUGGAGAGCCGUGUACCUGUGUACCUGUUUGAACAAGAAGAUGAAAUCUCUGCUCUCCAGAUGGCCCCUUGCCACCUUGCCAUUUCUACUUUCCACGCUAUUGAUUCUCUUAACGGUGGCAACUCCUACCUGGUGUGAGAGCAGGGAAACUACAUCUCCAAAAGCUAGUGAUGGGACACCAUUUCCAUGGAGUAAGAUGCGACUUCCUGAGCACAUCAUUCCUGUUCAUUACGACCUCAUGAUCCAUGCAAAUCUCACCACUCUGACUUUUGGGGGCACCACUCAAGUGGAAAUCACAGCCAGCCAGCCCACCAGUGCCAUCAUCCUGCACAGUAACCGCCUGCAGAUAUCAAAAGCCACCCUCAGGAGAGGCACCGGAGAGGGGCAGCCUGAAACACCACUGAGAGUCCUGGAGUACCCGCCUCACGAGCAAAUUGCACUUCUGGCUCCCGAACCUCUGGUUGCUGGGCUCCCUUACACCGUGACCAUCGACUAUGCUGGCAACCUCUCUGAGAGUUUCCAUGGAUUUUAUAAAAGCACCUACAGAACCAAAGAGGGGGAAGUGAGGAUACUUGCAUCAACGCAGUUUGAACCUACUUCAGCCAGAAUGGCCUUUCCGUGCUUUGAUGAACCUGCCUUCAAAGCAAGUUUUUCAAUCAAGAUCAGAAGGGAGCCAAGACACCUAGCUAUCUCCAAUAUGCCAUUGGUUAAAUCUGUGACAGUUGCUGAAGGACUCAUAGAAGACCAUUUUGAUGUCACCGUGAAGAUGAGCACCUACCUGGUGGCCUUCAUUGUUUCAGAUUUCAAGUCUGUCAGCAAGAUGACCAAGAGAGGAGUCAAGGUUUCCAUUUAUGCUGUGCCAGAAAAGAUAAAUCAGGCAGAUUAUGCACUGGAUGCUGCAGUGACUCUUCUUGAAUUUUAUGAGGAUUAUUUCAGCAUUCCAUAUCCAUUACCCAAACAAGAUCUUGCUGCUAUUCCUGACUUCCAGGCUGGUGCUAUGGAAAACUGGGGACUGACAACAUAUCGGGAAUCUGCUUUAUUGUUUGAUGCUGAAAAGUCUUCUGCCUCCAGUAAGCUUGGCAUCACCAUGACGGUAUCCCAUGAACUUGCUCACCAGUGGUUUGGGAACCUGGUCACUAUGGAAUGGUGGAAUGAUCUUUGGCUAAAUGAGGGUUUUGCCAAGUUUAUGGAAUAUGUGUCUCUACUCGUGACUCAUCCAGAACUGAAAGUUGAAGAUUAUUUUUUGGGCAAAUGUUUUAGUGCCAUGGAGGUAGAUGCAUUAAAUUCCUCACACCCUGUGUCCAUACCAGUGGAGACUCCUGCUCAGAUUCGGGAGAUUUUUGAUGAAGUUUCUUAUGAAAAGGGAGCUUGUAUUCUGAAUAUGCUAAGGGAUUAUCUCAGUGCUGAUGCAUUUAAAAGUGGCAUUGUGCAGUAUCUCCAGAAGUACAGCUAUAAAAACACAAAAAAUGAGGACCUGUGGAAUAGCAUGGCGAGUAUUUGCCCUUCAGAUGGCACACAAGGGAUGGAAGGCUUUUGCUCUAGAGGUCAACACUCAUCUUCAACCUCACACUGGCGACAGGAAGGCGUUGAUGUGAAAACCAUGAUGAACACCUGGACACUGCAGAAAGGCUUUCCCCUGAUAACCAUCACCAUGAGAGGAAAGAAUGUUCAUAUGAAGCAAGAGCACUACAUGAAAGGGGCUGACGACGCAUCAGAAACUGGGUACCUGUGGCAUGUUCCACUGACAUUCAUAACCAGCAAAUCAGACUCAGUCCAGAGAUUUUUGCUGAAGACCAAAACAGAUGUGCUCAUCCUCCCAGAAGAGGUGGAAUGGAUCAAAUUUAAUGUGGGAAUGAAUGGCUAUUACAUUGUGCAUUAUGAGGAUGAUGGAUGGGAUUCUUUGACUGGCCUUUUAAAAGGAACACACACAGCAAUCAGCAGUAAUGACCGGGCCAGUCUCAUUAACAAUGCAUUUCAGCUUGUCAGCAUUGGAAAGCUAUCCAUUGAAAAAGCCCUGGAUUUAGCCCUGUACUUGAAACAUGAAACUGAAAUCAUGCCUGUGUUCCAAGGGCUAAAUGAGCUGAUACCUAUGUACAAGUUAAUGGAGAAAAGAGAUAUGGAUGAAGUGGAAACUCAAUUCAAGGCCUUCCUCAUCAGCCUCCUGAGGGACCUCAUCGAUAAGCAGACUUGGACAGAUGAAGGCUCUGUCUCAGAGCGAAUGCUGCGGAGCCAGCUCCUCCUCCUCGCCUGUGUGCGCAAGUACCAGCCCUGCGUGCAGAGGGCAGAAGGCUAUUUCAGAAAGUGGAAGGAAGCCAAUGGAAAUCUGAGCCUGCCCAACGAUGUCACCAUGGCAGUAUUUGUAGUGGGAGCCCAGGACCCUGAAGGCUGGGAAUUUCUUUUUAAUAAAUACCAGUCAUCUUUGUCCAGUUCCGAGAAAAACCAAAUUGAAUCUGCCCUUUGUAUCAGCCAAGAUAAAGAAAAGCUUCAAUGGCUACUAGAUCAAAGUUUUAAGGGAGAUAUAAUAAAAACUCAGGAGUUUCCAGAUAUUCUUUCAACUAUUGGCAGAAACCGAGUAGGAUAUCCGUUGGCCUGGAAGUUUCUGAGGGAAAAUUGGAAUAAACUUGUACAAAAGUUUGAUCUUGGCUCAUCUUCUAUAAGCUACAUGGUAAUGGGAACAACUAAUCAAUUCUCCACAAGGGCACGACUUGAAGAGGUAAAAGAAUUCUUCAGCUCUUUGAAAGAAAAUGGUUCUCAGCUCCGUUGUGUCCAGCAAACAAUUGAAACCAUUGAGGAAAACAUACGUUGGAUGGACAAGAAUUUUGAUAAAAUUAGAAUGUGGCUACAAAACAAAAAGCUUGAAUUGCUGUAACAACUGGUUUCUCGUGAGUUCCUGUGAUUUGCAAUCACCAAAAUUUUGUUGAAUAUGAAAUAUUCAAGUUAGAGAUGGCUGUUAGUUUCUGCUGAAGAUAGUUCCUCUCCCUUCAACUCCUUGGCCAUAGCUAAGAAAAGGCUGCUCAUUUUUUUUUUUGAUGGGUUAUUAACUACCAUGUGUUUUUUAUUUAUAGCAGUUGCUCUACAAUGUAAGCCCAAAUGGUGGGUUCCCCACUGCAGGGGAGUAAGGCACAGUAAGUCCUCAUUUAACAUCAUUGUAAAUUUUUGGAAACUAUGCCUUAAAGUGAAAUAACUUAGAACCAUUUUACCAUAGGCUAAUCGAUGAUUAACAAAAGUUCCUAUAGCACAUUUCUUAUCACAAAAACAUCACCAGAAUUCCAAGUAAAUACUCAAGCAAUUCUAAUAUUAAACAGUAAUUUGUAAAGUUCAUUUUCCAAUCUGUUGAUUCCAACUCAGGAUGUGGUGGCCAGAGCAUCACCUGGCAGCUCAAUGCAUGAUGGAAAACAUGUCGCCAGGACACCCGUCCAUCACAGGGCACACUCACACCCAAACCACACUCAGACUAGGACACGUUAGAUACAACAGUGAACAUCAUUUGCAUGUCUCACAUAAUGUGAAGAAACUGGAACACCCAGAGAACACCCACUCAGAAAUGAGGAGAAGGUGUGCAAAUUCCACACAGGGGCCUAUGUAGGGAAUUGAUUUUUUUUCACUCAUAACAAAAUUAUAUCUAAUGAAGUGACUCAGGACCAUCUGUACCUAUUCUCACUUAACAUGUCAUGCCUAAACACUACAGGCGCCCCACAAGUUUGUUGUUCAUAAGCUGUUACCUCACUCUCCUUGGAAAACUAAAGAGAACAAUGAACACCUGGAUCAGUGAGUGACUAAGGCAGAACAGGCCUGUCCAGCUUGCUGUCUUCCUCAUCCUUGCACCAUGCAUGAGGCGAUCAGAACUGGGGUGAGAGAGCAUAAUGGGGCUGUUUCUCUUGUUCCCUGGCAUGUUGCCUAUGCUGCCACCCCCACUGCCCCCCAGUGACAGUCUACAUAGCCUUCUCCAUCUCUGGGUUCUAGUAAUUACUCCUUUCAUACCCUUAGGAUGAGGGGUGAGUGGGAAGCUGGCUCUUACUACUCCUGCAUGUACAUGUGGUUUCCGCAGAUCCUGCUCAUACCUUUAUAAAAGAUCCAUAUAGAACCUUCCCCAGAUGAUCCUAAUUGAGUGGGUCAUCUGUUUUCUCAGGGACUGACUGGUAAGUGUCCCUCCUGAAAAAGCAGGGUGCAUUCAGGUCUACAGGAGAAACCUUUUAUAUGAAGUUGAACUUGAGAGCUGUUGAUCCUUAGGUAGGUAAAGUUUCUUUUCCCUGCUCCUUAUUUUGGCCCAGUUCAUAUUUUUCAAGUAACUCAUUAUUGGCACUUUUACCAAUAAGCUGUUGUAGAGUUAUAAAUAAGGAAUAAUGUGGUAUAAAACUAAAAGUUUGCUUAUAUUCUAGUGAAUAUAGUGAUUCUAGUUGUUUUUGAAUUGAGUCUCAAUGAAUUUUUUUGAAUAUGUUGCAAAAUGAAAAAAUGUUUUAAUAUAGAAUGUACAUAAAUGCAUCCAAUUCCAUGUUAAUACAUAUUGCAGGGUUUAAUGGUUUAAAAGAAAUAAACAGAAAUCACUGAUUACCCCCUGGGUAUUUUCCUUCUAAAAAAUGUACAAAGCCAAGAUUCAUGUAAAAUAUUUUUACUUAUAUUUUAUACCUUGAUUAAUGAAACAUGUAAAUAACUGAUAUCCAGUUUUGGUCAUCUGAGGGGCCUAUCUUUGCUUUUGGAGAAGUCCAAUUUCUAAGUAGACAUAUUGAUACAACAGUGUGCAGAAACCUUUUUGGUAAUAAAUUGUUAUUUACCUCUAAGCAGAUAUUUGUUAUUAUU